UUGUCGUUACAUCCUCAUCCUUGUCUCGCAGAUUAGCUCUUUCUUUUUGGAUCUGAUGGUGGUUUCGAUGAUCCGGCUUUAGUGUAUCUGUAGUUGUACCUCCGAUUGUACCACUGAUUAGCUCUGCGAUUCUAACGAUUAGAUUUUGGAAUUUCUAUUUAUCCGGUUAGCUCUUCGGUGAUAGGGUUUCGAAGAGCCUAAAUAAAUAAGAUAUAAUGCGGCUGAGCUCCGAUCUACUCCUCUCUUUGGUUCCGUCGUUGACUUUAUAUCAUUCUUCUAAUCGUUUGAAACCUCUCGAAAAGAGUGAUUGGCGUGGUAAUCUUAGUUGAUCUUUCCCUCCCUUCUCGUUUUUUCUUUCUCUCUUCGAUCUCUUAGAUCCCUUUGUUCCAUCUCCGCCUUCGUCUUCUGGUACUAACGGUCUUCCUAAGCUCGGUUUAAAAGCUAAUUUGAAGAAGAAGCUUGUGAUCUCUCUUUGUUAGGCAGUGAUCGUUCUUUCGGUGUUUCUUGAUUUGCACGCACCAGUUACUGUUUGCUACAAUUGGAUAUGAGCUCUGUCUAUGGUGGGUUGGAUUACAAAGAUGCAGAUUCCCACCUUACUGCUUCAGGUUCCAAUAAAUGUUGUAAUAAUGGCUCGAAUCAUAUCUCUGGUAUUGGAUCUGAGGAUGCUCAAGAGUCUGAUGGGGAUGAUAGUGGUGGUUAUAUACACCAACAUGUGAAUGAAGAGUCCAAAGACAUCAUCAAACCCAUUCCCAAGUCUUCGGAUGCUGAUGAUGAUGGUGAAGACAAGAACCUUGCCACCGCUGAGAGUAUGGCCUCUGUUACCGUCAUUCCAGCCAUUAAAGGCAGCCGAGAGAAGCAUGGCAAGUCUUUGGAGAAGCUGAGUGUGUCAUGGGCUGAAGAUGUGUAUGAUCCUCCACCUUCCCUUGUAUCUCACACGAGGAGCAAGAAACAGCAACCUCAUAAAUCAAAGAGCAGAGAUAGCAUGCAAAAGAGUGGAAAGAGAGGACACAAGGGAAGCAGCAAUUCUUCAUCAUCCCGUGGCAGCAAAGACAAGAAAUCUUCUUCUUCUCGCAGCAAACACAGUCGUGAUAAUAAGUUCGGAUGGGCCACACAAACGUCUAUUGUAGCCGCAUCUUCUUGAAUUGUCUUGUGGCAUGAACAACGCACGUGCGUCUUCCUUACUCCUUGUUCUCUCCUUUUUUCUUUCUUUUUGGUCAACACUCCUUGUUCUCUUUCUCUCUUGUUUAUAAUUAGAUAUAUAAUAAAAGCUAUGGUGUGAAAACU